AUGUCUUAUUCAAAGAAAAUAAUGGCAUCUAUCUAUCUAUCUAUCUAUCUAUCUAUCUAUCUAUCUAUAUGUGCACAUAUAUGUAUAUCUAUCUAUCUAUCAUUUUUGUUCAUCUAUCACUGUCUUUCUUUCUUACUUUAUCUAUCUAUCUAUCUAUCUAUCUAUAACUUUCUUUGUUCAUCUAUCUCUUUCUUUCUUUCUUUCUUUCUGUCUAUAACUUUCUUUGUUCAUCUAUCCCUUUCUUUCUUUCUCUAUCUAUCUAUCUAUCUAUCUAUCUAUCUAUCUAUCUAUCUAUCUAUCUCUUUCUUUCUUUCUUUCUUUCUUUCUUUCUUUCUUUUCUUUCUAACUGUCAUUUUCUUUAUAUAUCCGUCGAUUUCUAUCUAUCAUUUUACCAUUUUUUUCUGCGAUCCUGUUCAAUCGAUUGGUAAUCUACCUGUCAUGUUCAGUCGAUUGGUAAUCUACCUGUCCUGUGUUCUAUCUAUCUAUCUAUCUAUCUAUCUAUCUAUCUAUCUAUCUAUCUAUCUAUCGUUAAAAAACAGAUGUUACGCAUUUUCUCAUUAUUCUCUCCUCUUCGCCUUCUCUUCGCCUUCUCUUUCCCUUUUCUCAUUAUUCUCUUCUCUCCUCCCCUUUUCAUCUUUUCUCACUAUUCUCUUCUCUCCUUCCCUUCUUUCUCUUUUCUCAUUAUUCACUUCUCUCUUUUCCCGCUUUCCCUUUUAUCAUUAUUCUCCUUUUCUCCGACUCCAUAUUGUAAUCCCAUACAUCCUCCUAUUUUUAUUCAUCUUCUUCUUUUCUUUCUCUUUUCGGUGUGUCUCUCUUUCCUUAUCAUUCUCUUUUUUUCUCUCGAAUUCCUUUUAUUUCCUCCUUAUCCCUUUUUUUUUCUUUACAUUGUCGCCAUUUCUCUCUCUAUUUUCAGCACUGUUUUGCAUACCAUUUAUUUAUCUAUCCUUGUACUCCACCGCUUCCUCUAUUCACUCUCACUAUUGA